GGUUCUCCGCUCUCUUUCCCUCCUUACCAUCUCCAGCUUCUUCUCGACGAGUAAAAACGACGAUGACCAACGCCAACAGCCCCGUUUUGACUCGUGGUCCCAAGAGGUGGUGGCAAGACGCCAUCAUUUACCAGGUCUGGCCAGCUUCGUUCCAAGACUCCAAUGGCGAUGGUAUGGGUGAUAUCCCUGGCAUCAUCUCGCGCCUGGACUACAUCAAGUCGACCGGCGCGAACACCAUCUGGUUGUCGCCCAUGUAUGACAGCCCUCAGAUCGACAUGGGCUAUGACAUCGCCGACUACAACGCCAUUUACCCUCCUUACGGCACGAUGGCCGACAUGGACGCGUUGAUCAAGGGCUGCCACGAGCGCGGUCUGCGCAUUUUGUGCGACCUCGUCAUCAACCACUGCAGUGACCAGCACAAGUGGUUCCAGGAGUCGCGCUCUUCCAAGGACAACCCGAAGCGUGACUGGUUUAUCUGGCGCCCAGCCAAGUACGACGCUGACGGCAAGCGCCACCCUCCGAACAACUGGCGCUCUUGCUUCAGCGAGUCGGCCUGGGAGUGGGACGAGAAGACACAAGAGUACUACCUCCACCUCUUCGUCGUUGGACAGCCCGACUUCAACUGGACUAAUGAAGAGUGCCGCAAGGCCAUCAUCGACUCGGCCAUCAAGUACUGGCUCGAGAAGGGCGUUGACGGCUUCCGUAUCGACACGGCCUCGAUGUACAGCAAGCCCAUGGACUUCCCUGACGCUCCCGUCAUUGACAAGGACGUCGAGCACCAGCCUGCUUUCCACCUCUUCUGUGACGGUCCUCAGCUCGAAGACUACCUGCGUGAGAUCGGCAAGGUCUUUGCCCAGUACGACAGCAUGACAGUAGGCGAGUUCCCCAACGCCACCUUUGAGCGCUCUGUUCGCGCCACGAGUGCGAGCGACCCCCAGAUGUCGAUGAACUUCCACUUCAGCCUGUGCGACUUUGGUCGCGACGUCGAGAAUGAUCUCUAUAGACUCCUUCCUGCGGAGAAGCGCCGCCUCAGCCAGUUCAAGGAGAUCAUCCGCGCUCACCAGACGCACGUCGAGGGCACCGACUCGUGGCCCAGCUUUUUCCUUGAGAACCACGACAUCGCCAGGGCCAUUUCAAGGUACGCCAACGACGCGCCUGAGCACCGCGUCGCCUCCGGCAAGAUGCUCGCUACGCUGGCGGCUUCGCAGUCCGGCACGCUCUUCCUUUACCAGGGCCAAGAAAUUGGUACCGUCAACUUCCCCAAGGACUGGGACAUCGAAGACUACCAGGACAUUGGCUCGAUCAACUACUGGAAGAUGCUCAAGGCCAAGGGCGCCUCUCAGCAAGAGUUUGACACCGCCAAGCUGAACCUGUCCGCCUUGGCUCGCGACCACGCUCGCACGCCCGUCCAGUGGUCGGCUGAGCAACACGCCGGCUUCACGACCAACGCCAAGGGUCCCUGGAUGAAGGUCAAUGACACGUACAAGGACAUCAACGUCGCCUCGCAGGACAAGGACGCAGGCUCCGUCCUCAACUACUACCGCAAGGCCAUGCAGCUGCGCACCAAGCACAUUGACGUCCUCGGCCACGGUCUCUUCCGCAUCCACGACCCCAAGAGCGACGAGACGCUCGUCUACGCCAAGCUGAGCGAUGAGCAAGCCAAGGGUAAAAUUGCCGUCGUGGCUCUCAACUUCACGACGAAGGAAGUCGCCUUCACCCUGCCCGCCGAGGCAAAGGGCAAGAAUCUCGACUUGGCGCUGGGCACGCACGGCGAUGCUCACGACGAGGGCAAGCUGCGCCCCUUGGAGGGUCGAAUCUACCUGUCCGCUUAGACUGGGCGUGUGCGGCGCGAGUGCUUAGAAUAGACUGGGGGGCCGAGAGCGUGCGGUGCGCGUUCCUCUUUGCGGGUCUUCUUCACCUGUCACUGCCAUCAUGAUACAGAAACCUCGAAUUCAUUCCUCUUCCAUCCUAGUC